CUCGACGUACCAUGUGCCGCCGGAUGUCAUGAGGUAGAUAAACCUCUAACGUAGUGUUCCUGAUAUCACACUGCAACAACCACAAAAUAUUUAACAGACAGUAGAAAAAUGGCAUUCAGAAGGGAUAGUAGGAGUAUUCGGGAUGUGUAUGAGGACAGAUUUCCUGCAGAGAGAGGGGGCCCUUACAGGAGGUCUGGUUUUGGGCGUCCGGACGAAGACUACGGGCGAGGUUUUGAAUACGACAACCCUCGGUUUUACCCCGGAGGAGUGCCCCCCCGCAGUUACCAUGGCGAGGGCCCACACUUUCCCGCUGAGCACAGAGCAGGGCCCCCAGGCCGGAGGGACGAGUCGUACCAAUACUACAGAGGAGCCAGGGACGAGCCAAUCCAGGGGAGGCCUAUGGACUUCAGGCCCGGAGGCCGAGGCGGCCCACUUCCCCCGCCUCCUGGCGGUAGAGGUCAAGGGUCGUAUCCGCCCCCACCCAGGCCGCUCCCCCCCAUGGGCCCCGAGGCCGGCGAUGACACGGUGAUGCAGGCCAUCCUCAGCCUGGACCGAGGUGAGGACCACGAGGCCAUGCGUCCCCGUAAGGCUCCGUUCCCCGCGGUGCGUGACCGGUCCCCGUUGCGGCGGGACGUGCCCCCCUCCCCCCACAGCCGCUCGGGCUCCAGCAUCAGCAGCCGCAGCUUCUCCCCCGACAGAGCCAAGGCCCACCCCUACCCACCGCCGCCCAGCAAGAAAAGGGAAAAGCCAUCAGCUUUUAUCAGUGGGUCUCGAGAUGGCUCCCCUCACAGUUCAGCUUCUGUCUCUAAGGAGGAAGCCGUGCUGACGGACGCCCUGACUGACGAAGCCGCGCCCAGCGCGGACGAGCCCUCCGCCUUCUUCGAGGACUUCCAGGAGCGCCGAGGCCAGGCCAUCGCUGCUAAAGCGCGCGAGAUCGAGAAGGUGUACCGCCAGGACUGCGAGACGUUCGGCAUGGUCGUGAAGAUGCUCGUCUCCAAGGAGCCCACUCUGGAGAAGCUCCUGCAGGUGCCGCUGAAGGAGAACCUGGGCGACAUCCGCGAACGUUGCCUCGACGACCUGCGCAGCUUCAUCGCUAACCUGGACGACAUGGCGCGACACGCAGAGCCCUCGGCCUGACCGAUGAACUGGGCACACCUGAGCUCACCUGUUCUCACCUGUCCAGGUUAACCACGCCCCCCUCUGUGGGAUUCAGGCAGGCCAAUGGGGCCAUUUGUCGGCUCCCCCUUUUUGCAAUGCAAAUAAGACAAUGACCGUAACUUCUUUUAAAAUCACUCUUACACUACUGUGACAAACUGGGAUGCAAUUGUGUAAAGGCAAAGAUGUUAAACGAUGUCAAGAGAAGAUCUCGAUGGUGGAUAUUUUAAUUUCUUUUUUAGAGGGAACCAUCAGCAGUUUUCACUGACUUUGUCUGUAUUCAUGAGUCAUUUUUUGCUCAGAGUAAAUUUCUGCGUUACGCAUAACGUUCCAUGCAGUACUGUUUUGGAUCCGCUUAGUAUUUAAUGUGUCUCGUUUUGGCAAAUUCUGUGUCAGAUCUGCCGUGUAAAUGGAUCGUUAAACCACCAUGAAGUGCUUAUGUUUAUUGAGUUAUUUUGCUAAAUGUGUGUGUGUGUUUUUUUUUGUUAUACCCCACGUAUUACUUUGUUGGUUUUAAUGAUUCGCCCACCCAGUUGGAUCAGGUCCUUUGUGCAAAGUGCUCAAAGGUGUCGGACUUGAAGGACUUGAAAUGUGUUUCCUGUGUCCACACAUUCGUCAGGUUCUGAGUUUAAUGUGACAAUUGAUCAAAGACUGCGGUCACGUCCGGUUACCAGUGCUUCACAUCGCUCUGAAUUAUUGACCAUAUUUUCCACGACUUGAGAAAGAUUUGAGAAGCUCAUAAAUUAGACAGAGACUGAGUUCAGAUAGACUUUAUGCAGCAGGCAGCUGAAAUGUUGAUUAAAGUGGAUUCAUUUAUAAGUGAUGUCAACAGACAGCAUAGAAAAAGAAAGAAAACUGCUUGGGGGUGGGUAUGUUUCUGUUGUUUUUGUAACCAAACUUUGUCCUGGACUCAAACUUCCUUUUUCAUAAUAUUUUGUACUGCAACUCACAAAGGAGGAAUUCAGAAUGUGAUGCUGAUGAUAUGUUAUCUUUGUUUUUUUGCAUUUUGCUUUUGGAUUUUCAGUUUAUUUCUGCAUAUAAGAUGUGUUGUUUACUAUGGUUUGGUUUUUAUUUCAAAUUAUUUGUUUUAAUCAUAUGCAGCAUCUUCUGCGAAUCGUAUUUGUAAAUAAAGUAUGAAAUGUUUGAAA